UGUCUUACACACUAUGGCUUUCCGAAUGGCCGGGUAGCUGAGGGACUGUGUAAGAUCCCAGAAAUUCAGAGACCGCUGGCUACGAUUAGAGGAUGGAAAUCUAUGUUUGAUACUAUUCCAGGUUUGAUUUUGUGUAAAAUGUAUAUUGAUGACUUGCUGACGAUGUUAAGUACUUCUUGUAGCUAUCCCGAUUGGCAAGUUGGGAGAUCAGUAUGGAAGGAGAAAAAUCAUGGCGAUGGCUCUCAUUGGAGUCGCUGGAUCGCUUACUGAAAUAUUUAUUGUUUGUGCUUUUCCUCAAAAAUUUCCUCUGCAGCUUGUGUGGUUCUCAUCUGCCAUGCUGCUGUUGGGUGGAGGUCUGAACUCGGCAUCUGCUUUCAUGUGGGCGAUGGCAUCAGAAUCUAUUCCUUCUGAAAAGAGGAGUCAUGCUUUCUACUAUAUUUUCUCCGCAUUCUACGUUGCGGAACUGAUCUCUUCAUUCGUUGCAUCAAUCACAUUAGAUAUUUCACCAUGGAUACCUUGUGGUCUGGCAAUGGGCGCUGUCGUACUAUGUCUUAUUCUCCUCGUGGUUAUGCCAGACCCUGGGAAAUCAGCAAAUUCUGAUCAGAUACGCCCCAAGCCGGGAGACGAUCUUGGAGAAUCGAUAUGCUCACCCACAGCUUCAUCAUCCAGCACCUCCGCUCGAGGCCUUAUAUCUGCACUAUCGCAUCGAAAUAUACGCCUCACGAUUCCAGUAUUCCUCGUCGGCAUAUUUCGAUAUGCGAUGCUGAAUAUCUUGAUCCAAUAUGCAUCCAUGCGAUUCGGUCUGAAGAUUUCCACAGGAGCUACAUUCUACACCGAGACUGCUGUAGUCAACAUAGUCUUGUUUCUGUUUCUAGUUCCCCAGCUCACAGGUCAUGUCCGGAGGAAAUAUAGCAUUCAACCUAGUGUCAUAGAUCUAUUCCUAGUCCGAACGAGCGUCACUUUGAUGUGUAUUGGAUGCCUUGCCAUUGGACUUGCUCAAUCGAGCUCUCUCCUACCUAUCGGCGUUUUCAUUUUCGCUGCAGGAUUCGGAAGCAGGGUUUCGGCCCUCUCUCUCGUCUCAUAUUGGAUAUCUGACGAUGCAAAGGCCACAUUUUAUGCAGCGAUCGUGGUUCUCGAGAGCCUGGGCCAUGCCGUGGGCGAUCCGUCAAUUCAGCAGAUCUUCGCUGCGUCGUUACGGCUGUCCCCAUUUUGGAUGGCUAUGCCAUUUUUCGUUGGAUCUGUGUUGUACUCUCUUGCCGCUGCUUCUACCGUAUUCAUUCGUCUCGAUCAGCCAUCAACUGAUAGCUCCAACAUUGGUCAGAAUCCUAGGGACCUUGAUCCUACUUGAAGCUCUGGAAUUAUCUGGGCGCUUGAGCAAAUCUGUUGCCAAAUGUUUUUACUACGCACGUAUGGGCGGUGGUUUAAAUCCACUGCCUUUGAGCCCCCUAAUUCGACGUGACAUUGAUCGAGAAGAUGUGCAGCAACGCAUCCUCUACCGAGAGCUGGACCAACACCAUGUUUUCCAGAGCGAACAGGUGAGAUUUGUUAUCCGUACCUACAUGGCCUUUCCAUCUAUGAUCAAUGUCCCAGAUUCAAGCUUUCCGUCCAUCUACGAAGCCUACGGUGUACUCCAGAAAGUCAGGCCAGAAGCAAUUAAAGUAUCAAUGUUUGGAAAUUUCGGAAGUGCUGUUGCAGAUAUUUAGGAGUUGCGAGCAAAACAUUGUUAGGAGAUGGAACGGCUGUAGAGGUCCUGAGGGGCAGGUAUCUGUGGCUGGAACUUACAUAUACCUUUGAGCAAGGAAGCCUUGAACAGUGGAAUUCGGAAAAGUCGCAGAUGAAAUAUGGCUAGCUGUGUUCACCCUCGGAUUCUUUUCCGAGAUGGUCAUAUAAUUAGUAGCCAAGACUGAUAACAGGGGGUUGAAGAAGCGAUGGUAAUUUUUGCCAAAAUUCGGAGAUUGAGCAGGAUGGAAUCUGUAACGAAAGUGGUAGAGGUGCUAUAGAAUAGUAGCACAAGAAAUUAUUCCGCCGGUUUUGCUGCUCCGUUUGUUAAUCCAAACAAUAACAUCGCUUCCCCUUUCUGGCUUGGUAGGAGCUUGGGUGCACGCCGAUGACGCGAUGCCGUCCUCGACAGGAGUGGAGUGGGGGUUUCGGGGCAUCUCUAACUUCCACUCAGCUUGUGCAACAACUAUUCGACCGU